CGGGGUGACCUCACCCGCCAACAUGGCGGCGGCGGUAGAUUAGGGCAGCGGGUCGGAGCCGCCGCCGCCGCCGCUGCCAGAAUCGCGGGUUCGUGUGUGGAGCACCUGCCGCCGCCUCUUUCACCUCUUCGGGUUGCAGGGGCCUGAGCCAGGUUUUGUACCUCUGUAAGUAUACAUUUUCGGAGCUCUGCUGGCCACCCCCAUGGCGUCCUCAACUACCGUGCCUCUAGGAUUUCACUAUGAAACGAAGUACGUGGUUCUCAGCUACUUGGGACUCCUCUCUCAGGAGAAGCUGCAGGAGCAGCAUCCUUCCUCACCCCAAGGGGUUCAGCAAGAUACAGUUUCACAAUCUCUGGAUCAAGAAGUUUUAUUAAAAGUUAAAACUGAAAUUGAAGAAGAGCUCAAAUCCCUGGACAAAGAAAUUUCUGAAGCCUUCGCCAGCACAGGCUUCGACCGCCACACCUCGCCUGUGUUCAGCCCCGCAAACCCGGACAGCUCCGUGGAGGACUGCCUGGCCCACCUUGGGGAGAAGGCGGCGCAGGAGCUGCAGGCACCUCUGCUCGGGGCCUUGCAGACGCUGCUCAGCGGGCCAGUGACAUAUCAGGCAUAUCGGGAAUGUACACUGGAGACCACAGUUCAUGCCAGCGGCUGGAAUAAGAUUUUGGUGCCCCUGAUUUUGCUACGACAAAUGCUUCUGGAGCUGACGAAACGUGGCCAGGAGCCACUGGGCGCGCUGCUGCAGUUCGGCGUGACAUUCCUGGAGGACCACGCGGCCGAGUACAUCAUCCAGCAGGGUGGCUGGAAACACCAAGAAGAACGUCUUCCGCUUACUUCUUGCCGUAAACUCAGGAAAAGCACCAGUGUGGGAAGCAGGGGCUUGGGCCCUGCCGGCGAGCCGCCUGGUCAGAGCCAGUCCCAGCUGUGGACUUCAGGCCAGGGCACCGUCUUUAACCUGGAGUCAGAGGACGAGUGCCCCGCGGGCGCUGCGGAGGACAGCAACGACAUCUACAUUCUGCCCAGCGACGGCUCCACGCACGUCAGCCCCCCAGAGUCGCCCACUACGGCCACGGCCUCCUGGCAGGCCGAGAGCUUGCCCGUGUCGCUGUCCGCCAGCCAGAGCUGGCACACAGAGAGCCUGCCGGUGUCCCUGGGCCCCGAGUCCUGGCAGCAGGUCACAGUGGACCCUGAGGAAGUCAAGAGCUUGGAUAGCAACGGGGCCGCAGAGAAGAGCGAGAACAACUCCUCCAACUCCGACAUCGUGCACGUGGAGCGGGAGGAGAUCCCCGAGGGUGUGGGGGAGGCGGCCGCACCGGCCCCUGCCCUGAUGGCGGCCGUCCCCAGGGCCAGUCCCACGACAUCACUGUUCGUGGAGCUUGGUGAAGAAGAGGCAGAAGCAGCCCCACCAGAAGCUUCUGAACUGGAGCGGGAGGGGGUCCUGCCACCCAAGCCCCCAGCAGAGCCUCCCGCGGCCCCGCCGAGCCGGGAGGAGGCCACUGGAAGGCAGGGGGCACUCAGGGUAGGGCCCCGCCCAGGUGACCUCGAGAAGGCCGGCCCGCUGCCCGAGGGCAAGUCCCUCCUGCUCUUGGGAGGGGCCGCUGCCAUGGCCAUCCUCGCAGUGGCGGUUGGGUUGGCACUGGCUCUGCGGAAGAAAUAGGUUUUCUUUCUCAGGGUUCACCGUGACCUGCUGCCAGGACUCGGGGCCCAGGAGAAAGAAGACAAGAACGAGUAAAGUUUUAAUUGUCUCGACUGAAUCUGAAUGGGCAGCAGCUGGUUGGACAUCCGCGGGACACUCUGGGGUGAGGGGGCUGGGUCAGCAGGGCAGGGGCGGCCCACCUGGCGGGGCUUGAGGUAGAGACUGCGCACACGGUCUGCUGGGCCGUCCCAGGCCUGGGCUCCCCUGAGAUUCAGGGUCUAGGGUGUAAAGUGCUUCCUCAACCUUGUCUCUGGCGUCUGGACAACCCAGGCCGUGAGCACCUGUGCCCCCGAGGGUGUGUAGCCUCCCGUCGGCCCCCGUAGCACCUUCCCCUUUGGUGACAGCCCCUCUCGAUGUUGCCAAACGUCCCCAGGAUAAGGCUUCCCAUGAGAGCCACAGCCUCAGAGGCAGAGGGUUCUUGUGGGCACCUGGGGGGCCAGGCAGAGGGCUUGGCAGUGGGUCCCUCGGCUGCUGACGCACUCUGGCCUGGAGCCUCCCCUCUGCCAACGAGCGUGCGCUUUCCAACCCCUCCUCCGGGCUCCUCUGUUUUUCCUGUCGGUCCCGCAGCCCAAGUGCUCUGCGGUCUCCACCGCCUCUCAGGUACUGCCCUGCCCUCCCCACCCGGGUCCCUGCUGGCCCAUGGAGAGGGCUUGCCCAAUGCUUCCCUCAGCUCCCCUCAUAAAGAUGCUGCCUGUAGUCUUUUAAAAAGUAAAUAUAAGACAAGAGGCCCAGGCUCUGCCCGUGACUGUGGGCAAGCUGUCUCUUGUACAGAAGCAGGCGGGUAGCUUGGCUGAUCUCUGGAGGUGGUUUCCAGCCCUUCUGUUGGUGGCCGCCUGGCAGGGGUGUCUGUCCAGCAGUCACUCUCUGUAGCCUGGGUUAGCCUGGGUUCUGGCCGCAGACUUCUCACUGGUCACACGGCCCCUCUGUGUCUCCUGCUUGUAGUAAGAGCUCCCAUACUGGGCUUCAGCCCAGGGGACAUACUCUUCUUCAGCGCCCAGGCUCCUAAAUACCAUUGAAGUUAAAAAGCAGGAGAGGCCACCUUUGAGGUUCCUGCUUGGCCUUCAGAGUCCAGCAGGAGGCUCUCACUGAGCUCGUCACGGCCCAGACGGCAGAGCGAUGGCCACGGUGGUUAUGGUCGGCGUGUGCCAGGGACACGGCAUAGCCCCGGGCACUGCCUGCACCCCGCAUGGCGGGGGUGGGGGGGUGGGGGGACUGCGUCUCUUCCCCUGAGGUUGGGUCACUCACAGGACCGUGCCUGAGACAGCUCAUCUCAGAGUUACCUUAGUCAGUGUAACAGGUUACUUUUUAGAUCCUGAAAUUUGUAAUAAAAUUACAUUACCUAUCCUCAUCACCAAAA